GGCCCAGGGACUGCCGUGUCUGCGGCAGCCCCGAGUGGCCUGGGGCGCACCGCCGGUCCCCCCGAGGGCGCCGCCGGCCGCCGCCCCGCCCCGCCCCUCUAACCCGCAGAGCGGGGCGCGCUGCGGGCUGCAAAGUUUUGCUGCGCGAGUCCGCUGGGGCGUCGCGUGGGCUCGGGCUUGGCUCGGCUCCACGGGGCUCCGGACGGCCGUGACCGCUGGCCCGGGGCUCGGGCGGUGCGGACAGACCUGAGCGCUCGGCUCCCGCCGGCUCCACGCCGCGCCCCACGCGGAUCUCCGCACCCAGCGCCCUUCGAGCCCUCCUGCCCCAGGGUCGGUCUGCAGCCUCCCGUACGCCGGCGCGUUCUCUCCUCCUUCCAGGCUUCGACCCUUCGCCGCCGCCACCCACCAUGGCCCGUGGACCUGCUCGGACUACCCAGCUGCUGCCCCUGCUGCCUUUGCUUCUGCUGCUGCUCCGGGACGCGGGCGGCAGCCACCAGGCGCCCGCCCAGUCCGCCCCGCCUGCAGCCGCUGAUGGCCUGGCUGGGAUCAAGGACCCCUGGCGGUUCCCGGGGGACGCCGCUCCCACUCUGGGCCCUGGAGCCCAAGACAUGGUCGCUGCCCACAUGCUCCGGCUUUAUGAGAAAUACAGUCGGAGGGGCGCGAGGCCGGGAGGGGGCAACACGGUUCGAAGCUUCCGGGCCCGGUUAGAAAUGGUCGACCAGAAGACUGUGUAUUUCUUCAACCUGACUUCUAUGCAGGAUUCAGAAAUGAUCCUCUCAGCCACAUUCCACUUCUACUCAGAACCUCGGUGGCCCCGGGCACGAGAGGUACCGUGCAAGCAGUGGGCCAAGAAUGUGUCCUGCCGCCUCCUGCCCCCAGGCCUGCCCACACGCCAGCAGCUGCUCUUCCGCAGUCUCUCGCAGAACACGGCCACGCAGGGGCUGCUCCGCGGAGCCGUAGCCCUGGUGCCCCCGCCACGGGGCCUGUGGCAGGCCAAGGACAUCUCCCCCAUCAUCAAGGCAGCCCGCCAGGAUGGCGAGCUGCUCCUCUCUGCCCAGCUGGAUUCUGGGGAGAAGGCCCCAGGGGUGCCCAGUCCAAGCCCCCACGCCCCUUACAUCCUCAUCUACGCUGACGACCUGGCCAUCUCAGAGCCCAAUAGUGUGGCAGUGACGCUGCAGAGAUAUGACCCCUUCCAGGCUGGAGACCCGGAGCCCGGCGCGGCCCCCAACAGCUCAGCAGACCCCCGGGUGCGCCGGGCCACUCAGGCCACCGGGCCCCUCCAGGACAAUGAGCUGCCAGGGCUGGACGAGAGGCCGGCGCACGCCCCCCACGCCCAGCACUACCACAAGCAUGAACUGUGGCCUGGCCCCUUCCGGGUCCUGAAGCCACGGCCAGGGCGCAAGGACCGAAGGAAGAAGGGCCAGGAUGUGUUCAUGGCCUCCUCGCGGGUGCUGGACUUCGAUGAGAAGACGAUGCAGAAAGCCCGGAGGAAGCAGUGGGCCGAGCCGCGGGUCUGCUCCCGCAGGUACCUGAAGGUGGACUUCGCAGACAUCGGGUGGAAUGAAUGGAUCAUCUUGCCCAAAUCCUUCGAUGCCUACUACUGCGCGGGGGUGUGCGAGUUCCCCAUGCCCAAGAUCGUGCGCCCGUCCAACCACGCCACCAUCCAGAGCAUCGUCAGGGCCGUGGGCAUCGUCCCGGGCAUCCCAGAGCCUUGCUGUGUUCCCGACAAGAUGAACUCUCUGGGGGUCCUCUUCCUGGAUGAGAACCGGAAUGUGGUUCUGAAGGUGUACCCCAACAUGUCUGUGGAGACCUGUGCCUGCCGGUAAGGCCAGCCACUCCGGGGCGGAAGGAAACCUCCCCCCGCCCCACACCCAGCAGGGCAGCAUCCUCAGGGCCUUCUGGGGUGAAGGCUUCGUGAGGGGUACAGCUGCAUAUAUGGGCCAGAGCUUACAGGCACCCUUGCCGGGUCCCGGAAAGAUCUGUCCCCCGGGGCCCAUUCUGGGGUCUCUCAUUGCUGAUGACUUAGCGCCCUUCAUGCCAGUCUGAAUCCGCUGAAAGAAACCGGGAACUGACCCUCGCCUGAAGGCUGCUUGUCAUCCAUCCCCUCUGCUCUGAAGACCUGAAAGCCGAACAGGUCCGCCAUGGUGGCUUUUGUGACCAUCAUCUCGUAACCGGGGAGGAAGGCUGCAGGCAUGAGAGCAUCCGCUCUCCUCACAAGGAAAGAACCCCUGUUUAAACAGUCGGUUGAACACACUUUGGGCCACGUGUUGAUACUGAAACGCAGCGCCUAAAUAGCGCUAUGAACUUUGAAACUCCGCUGCAAAAGCUUUCACCCACACGGUGUGCACAUAUAACCCACUGUAGUCUCUUUUUCUUAAUAUAUAUAUUUUUUUAAAACAAAGAGGGGGGAGUGGACACCAUUCCCCACAGAGGUAAUCAGGCAGGUUAAGUGUGCAUUGUCUAAACAUGUUUAUUGAAAUAACACAUGCAGUGAUAUGUUGGAAUACUAAAAAAUAACCGAGAUUUUUAUAUUUUUGUAAAUUAUACUUUCUAUACUGUAGAUUGUGUAUGUCAUGUGUUUUUAUGGAAAGCUAAUAAAUUAAAGGUACAGUGGUAUCUUGAAAAACUGAA